AUGUCUGGUCGCAAUGAAUGUAGGAUUUACGUUGGAAACUUGCCACCAGAUAUUAGAACGAAAGACAUUCAAGAUUUAUUUUAUAAAUUUGGUAAGGUAACGUUUGUUGAUCUUAAAAACCGCCGAGGCCCGCCUUUUGCUUUUGUAGAAUUUGAAGAUCCACGAGAUGCUGAAGAUGCUGUUCAUGCUAGAGAUGGAUAUGAUUAUGAUGGUUAUAAGUUAAGAGUUGAAUUUCCCAGAGGUGGAGGCCCUAGUGGUUAUAGAAAUAGAGGAGGGGCUAGUAUGGGAAGUGGCUUUGGAGGAAGAGGCAGAGGGCCACCAGCUAGAAGAUCACAAUAUAGAGUUAUUGUUAGUGGUCUCCCUCCUUCAGGGAGCUGGCAAGAUUUAAAAGAUCACAUGAGAGAAGCCGGUGACGUUUGUUUUGCUGAUGUAUUUAAAGAUGGAACUGGUGUCGUUGAAUUUUUGCGUUAUGAUGAUAUGAAAUAUGCUUAUAAGAAGCUAGAUGAUUCUCGGUUUCGUUCUCAUGAAGGUGAGACUUCAUACAUUCGAGUGAAAGAAGAUUAUUAUGGAGGAAGAGACAGCUAUGACAGAAGUAGUGGUGAAAGAGGUGGCAGGUCAAGAAGCAGAAGUGCAUCACCACGUAGACGAGGAUCUCCUACUUAUUCACCUGUGCGUAGAAAUAGUUUUUCUCCUGACUCACGAUAUAGGUCAAUGAGCCGUUCAAGAUCACAUUCUCGGUACUAA